AUGCACGCACGCGAUUGGUUUUUAGUAUUUAUUGCGAUUUUCUUACCUCCAGUAGCAGUCUGGAUUAAGAGAGGUUUUUUUACAAAAGAUUUUCUAAUCAAUGUACUGCUAUUUCUGCUAGGUUUUUUGCCAGGCCUGGUCCAUGCACUUUGGGUCAUUAGCCAACAUCCGUUCGAAAAGGAGGGGCAGGCUGGCCUAUUAGAACCAGCUAACAAUAACGACUACGGCGCCACUGCUUAA